CAAGCACCCGAAGAUUGUGUCCGAGUUGAGAACGACGUUUGAGGCCCGAAAGAAAUGCUGAUGAAAAGCAGCUUCGGCGGCCGUUCCCUCGGGUAUGGGACACGCUUUGUGGCCUCCGUGAUCCUGUGCGUGUCGUCGGUCUUGUUCACGUGGUUCCUGAUUUCGCUGUACCACCGGCAAAAAUUGCUCGACUCUCUGAACAUGUCCAUGGGCUUCGAAGCGAAACCUGCAUCUCCGCUGAUUGAGUUCGUCGCCGUGUUCGGGUUCGGGCUCAUCCUGCUGUUCGAAAUUAUCUCUGCUUGGAUGGCCAUCAAGGCGACAUAUCUGGAGAACCGGUGGUUGCUGAUGCCGUUCAUCGGCUUAACUGGCUGCGGUAUCGUCACCCUCGUGUUGAUCUUAGCCAUCUACGUGACCUGUCUGCCGACGUACGGUUAUCAGGCUCCAAAUGCUAUCGGUGGGAUCGUGUCGGCGCUCACCAUCGUGUUGCUGCGGGCCUACUUCCUUCUGGUAGCCGUCUCCUACUACCAGGAGCUCCAGGAGCGGGACGUGCAGCAGGGCGGCGCUGUGCCUUCGGUGAGCUCCGGGGUCCCCCAGACGCACAUCGACGACCUGCCCGACCACAAGCGGCAUCCACCUUUCCUGCUCGACUAUCUGCAGGAACCUCCGCCCUACGAGAGCAUCGACAGUGCCGAAUCUAAGGGGGACUUUGCCAUGCGCUUGUACAUCUGAAGCCGGCCGAGCGUUGAACUUUUCGGGGCCGUUGGGAAUGACGUCCGCAAGGCUUCGUGACGAGCGACGUGUGGACUUACGCUACUUCUUGUGUGAAAAUAUCUGACCUGUGUGUUUUUUCCUCUGUCUUCGUUGUACAGCUUCUUCAAGAGCACCCGCGAAUAUGAUCCGAAGCCGACAAAAAGACAACUUGCGAUUGAUUUUAUUUAUUCUUGGGUAGAUUACUUGUGCUUACAGAAUGUAC